AGCCCACUGUAAGAAGAAAAACUCUGAAUCUGAGCCGUCCACCUCUUCAUCCAACGGUGCGUACCAUCACAGUCCUCGUACUUAUCACUCCCCGUUUUCUUCCUUCACUGUUCAGUGCACUAACAAACACUCUCUCUAAAACCCCGUCUUCAGUGAUGACCUUUUUCCAUCUGAUCAACUUAAAUUGAUGCUCUGCCCGUCCGAAACUAGCUUAAAUAUUUAAACUAUUACAAGUUCUGGACAUAAAAUUUAAUUUAAGUAGAUCCAUAUUUUUGCGCUACAUUUGGAGUUUUGGAGGUAUAAUUUUAUGUCAAUGUUGUAUAUGCAAUGAUUAGUAAUAAUUAUUCAAAAAUGAUAUCGGAAUCAAUGGUAGGAGGAAGCAACGAUUAUAGAAGGCAGAAUGAUGGAGAGAGAGGGCAUACCAUGUUCCGAAGUGAUUCUGCUCCGCCGACUGUUGAAGGUGUUUCAGAAGAGGAAUUAAGGAGUGAUCCAGCCUACAUUGCUUACUACCGCUCCAAUGUGAACCUUAACCCUCGCCUUCCGCCACCUCUUCUCUCCAAAGAUGUCUGCCGCUUUGCCCACCGUCUGCCAUUAGGAGAUACCAGAAAAUUAGAUGACAAGAACGAAUGGCGCGGAGGAGAUGGACUUAUUGGAUUACGUGGCCUCGGAUUAGGAAGCCACCAGAAAAGCGUGGCUGAGAUGAUUCAGGAUGGUGUGAAUCACACAACAUCUACUUCGAGGCAUUCAUCUCGGCCAGCUAGCCGUGCAUUUGAUGAUGUGGUAGAUCCUUCUGAGUCCCAAUUUGCUCAUCUUCAUCGCGAGUUGGCAUCUUUGGAUGCAUUACAUUCUCAGGCAAAGAUUCAAGGCACAUCUGCACUCCAAAAAGUCAACACAUCAGGCUCUCAAUCUUAUGCUUCUGCUUUGGGUGCAUCAUUGUCACAAAGUACCACCUCUGACCCUCAGCUUGUAGCUAGACCUAGUCCUCGUAUUCCUUCUGCUGGAGGAGGGAGGAUAAGCUCACUAGACAAAAGAAACCUAGAUGUCCCUAACGCAUCAGAAAACAUUUCAUCUAAUAUGGGGGAGCAUGCUGAUCUGGUAACUGCAUUUUCUGGCAUGGGUCUGUCAGUGAAUGGUAUGGGAGAUGAACGAAAAUAUCAAAAUGCUCAAACUCAUAAUGAGAUUGACUAUCAUCAGAACCUCUUUCAUUUGCAGAAGGAUCAAAAUCCUAUGAAGCAGCAUUCCUAUUCGAACAAGUCUGAAUCAGUUCAGUUUCAUAGAUCUGCAUGUUCCUCUGCCCCUUCAUACUUGAAAGGGCUUUCUACCCCAACUCUCAGUAGUGGAGGAAGUUCACCAUCUCAAUAUCCAACUGUUGAUAGUCCUAAUUCAAUGUUUUCUCCAUAUGUUUUAGGAGGUUAUGGUAUGAACCCUUCAUCACCACCGAUGUCGGAAAACCAACUUGGUGGUGGUAAUUUUCCUUCAGUUUUUGAAAAUAUUGCUGCUGGGGCAGCAAUGAGUGCCUGUGGAAUUGAUCCUAGAGCAAUUGGAGGAGGCCUGAAUUUGGGUCCUAAUCUGUUGGCUGUUGCUGCUGAAUUGCAGAACAUUAAUAGACUUGGUAAUCAAACCUCAGGUGGUUCGCUGCAAUUGCGUCAGAUGGAUCCCAUGCACCUUCAAUACUUGAGAUCAACCGAGUAUCUUGCUGCUCAGCUAUCAGCUGUCAAUGACCCAACUGUUAACAGGGAAUCUCUAGGCAAUUCCUACAUGGAUUUGCUCGAGCUUCAGAAAGCAUAUAUUGGGGAGCUGCUUGUGUCUCAAAAAUCACAGUAUGGUUUUCCUUGUCUUGGAAAAUCUGGUGGCUUCAAUAAUGGUUUCUAUGGUAAUCUAGCUCUUGGUGUUAAUAUGUCGUAUCCUGGAAGUCCUUUGGCUGGUGCAGCACUUCAGAAUCUCCCCUUUGGGCCUGGUAGUCCAGUGAGAUAUGGGGAACCGAACAUACAUUUUCCUUUAGGAAUGAGGAACUUAUCUGGUGUAAUGGGAGCUUGGCAUUCUGACUCUGGUUCUAACUCGGGAGAAAGGUUUGCUUCUUCGUUAUUAGAUGAGUUUAAGAGCAACAAAAGCAAGUGUUUUGAGUUGUCGGAGAUUGAAGGCCAUGUUGUGGAGUUCAGCGCGGACCAGUACGGAAGCAGGUUCAUUCAACAGAAAUUGGAGACUGCUACCACAGAGGAGAAGAACAUGGUCUUCUGUGAGAUUAUGCCACAAGCUCUCUCAUUGAUGACUGAUGUGUUCGGUAAUUAUGUGAUCCAAAAGUUUUUUGAACAUGGAAGUGCAUCGCAGAUUAGAGAACUAGCUGACCAGCUCAAUGGGCAUGUACUAACACUUUCUCUUCAAAUGUAUGGUUGCCGAGUGAUCCAGAAGGCCGUAGAGGUGGUAGAUCUGGAUCAGCAAACCAAAAUGGUAAGAGAGCUUGAUGGUCAUACUAUGCGCUGUGUUAGAGAUCAGAAUGGGAAUCAUGUUAUCCAGAAGUGUAUCGAAUGCAUUCCAGAGGAUGCCAUCCAGUUUAUCGUUUCCACAUUUUAUGAUCAAGUUGUGACAUUGUCCACCCAUCCAUAUGGAUGUCGGGUGAUACAGAGAGUCUUGGAACAUUGCCAUAAUCCUGAAACACAGAACAUUGUGAUGAAGGAGAUUUUGCAAUCUAUUUGCAUGCUGGCGCAAGAUCAAUAUGGGAAUUAUGUCGUUCAGCAUGUUUUGGAACAUGGAAAGCCAGAGGAGCGCACUUCUAUAAUUAAUAAGCUGACGGGGCAGAUAGUUCAGUUGAGCCAGCAGAAAUUUGCCUCAAAUGUUGUAGAGAAGUGUUUAACCUUUGGAACUCCUGAAGAACGCCAAACCUUGGUGGAUGAGAUCCUUGGCUCCGAAGAUGAAAAUGGUCCUCUUCAGGUGAUGAUGAAAGAUCAGUUUGCAAACUAUGUAGUACAGAAAGUGCUGGAGACGUGUGAUGACCAGCAGCUUGAACUAAUUCUCAACCGAAUUAGGAUUCAUCUAAAUGCUCUGAAGAAAUAUACCUAUGGAAAACACAUAGUUGCCCGUGUAGAGAAACUAGUUGCUGCUGGAGAGAGGAGGAUCAGCUUUCUGGCUUCGUAUUCUGCUUAGAUGGCAUAGGAAGGAAACUGUACAGCUAACUGAGGCCAGGUUGAGUGUCCUUGUCUUUGUUCUGUUGUCUUAGAUUUGGCUCUACCUGUUACCGUGGAGCAUGUUAAAAAAAUAAAAAUGUUUGUAAUACUUGAGUUGUACAUUAUUAGUUUGAGGUAUACCUAGAGUUGGGUUAGCCAUUCGGUGAGGCCCAGAUGGUAAACAUACCUGAGAUAAAAGUAACUGUACAAGGGUGUAAAAAGUAAACUGUAGAGGUCUGUUCGUGACUGCUGCCAUGUGCAGAGCACAUGUUUUUUAGGUUAACAUCAUGUCUUCCAAAUGUAUGGGUAAUUAAUUAUUUUCCUUUAAAUAAAAGAAACCUUUUCUUCUAAA